UUCAUAGAUACACUCUCAUUCUUCUAGCCUUAAACUAUGGCCAAAUCACCAUAUCUAGAUGAAGAUUGUGUGAAAAGCUACAAACUAAAAACUCAUAGUAGUAAUCAUGAUAAGGCAAAGAAUUUAUCUUUUUUUGCUUCUAUUUUCUCUCUUUUCAUCUACAUAUCUAUCUUCUAUAUCUUCAACCUUUCUCCUUCUACUCUCUUGAACAACAAUAUCUUUUGGUUUAUCAUGUCCAACACUUUAAUCCUCAUCAUAGCUAUUGACUAUGAAGCAUUCUCUUCGUCCAAACAAAAACAAGAACAUCUCCAUGAAGAGUAUGUGAAACAUAGUCAUGAAAUUAGAAACCAUGUCUCAUCAAUUGCCACAUAUGAUGAAGUUGAACAAGUUGAUAAACAAUGCAUUAUCAAUCCAAAACAAGAGCUAGAACAUGUUAAGAAAGACACAAUUGUCCCGGAACGUGUGUUGGAAAUUGUGUUACAAAAUCAACCAAAGAAAAGUACUAAUGAUGAUAGAACAAAUGAGAAGAAAAAUUCAACACUUCAUUUGCAAGUAGAGGAUGAUAGUGGUCAUAAGGAACAUGAAGAGAAAGCAAAAUUUCCUACUAGAUCAAUUUUCAGAAGAAGUAAAUCUUAUAGACACAAUAGAGCCAAACAUGUUGUGGUUGAUGAAAGGAAGAAAUCAGUGAGAAGGUUAGAUUGUAUGAAGAUAGAACCAAAAGUAGAAGAAGAAAAUGAGUUUUCAAUGAUGUCAAAUGAGGAUCUUAAUAAGAGAGUGGAAGAGUUUAUUCAGAAAUUCAAUAAGCAGAUUAGACUUCAAGCAUCAAGUAUAAAUUAAUGUCUAUAUCAAAUUAAGAUGGUAUUUUCAGU